GUAGGUCCUCCCUCUCCGGAGACAGAUCAGACCGCGCGCGAGCAAGGACAGCCGGUCGCCACUCGCCACUGCUUUGAGAAGAAAAAGAAGGGCCGGUGGUUCUAUCUUAACCCGUGUGAAGCGUGAUCCUCUUCCUCUUCCUGCCUGCAUCCCUAUAAAGAAGUCCCACACACCAUCCAACUCCAAGGCCGGCCGUGACUGCAACUGCAAUACAUCAUCUAGACUAGAUCUCUCUUUUUCUUGGGCGUAUAUAUUCCUACAUAAGUACGCUCUGAUCUUCUUCCAGCUCGCUCGCUCGCUCGCUCGAUCGAUCGAUCGCGCGCGCCUGUAGAUAAAUUUAUAUAUCUAUACACGUCAUGGGGCCUCAGCAAGGCCGGCGGUCGAACGGCGGCGCGGCGGCGCGGAGCAAGCAGGAGGAGGAGGGGGGCGCGAAGGUGGUGCGGUACCGCGAGUGCCAGCGCAACCACGCGGCGUCCCUGGGCGGGCACGCGGUGGACGGGUGCCGCGAGUUCAUGGCGGCGGGCGCGGACGGCACGGCGGCGGCGCUCGCGUGCGCCGCCUGCGGGUGCCACCGCAGCUUCCACAGGCGCGAGGUGGAGCAGCCCGCCGCCGACUGCGACUGCGACUGCUCCUCCACCACCUCCGGCGCCUGAAGUGAACUCAUCUACGGUGUGAAUCGCCUCGCCGGCGGCUGCUGGCCGGCCACGCCGCUUGAGUGAGCUGCUCCUGCUAGCAGGUGGGUGGGGUGGGUGGGUGCAUGCAUGGGGUGGGACCGACGAUCAUGGGGGCAGGGCAGGGCAUUCAUCAAACGGUGUGAUUAGACCGGUAUAGUCGAUCGUAGGUGCAUUAUAUUCAUCAACCAUUACCAUAUAUGGACCGGUGGGUUUUUUUUUUACUUCCUCCUCUGCAGCUCUCUGCUCUAUUUUUCUUCUUUCUCUCCUCUCCAUUUGUUCUUGGAUAUGGUUUUCAGUGAAGAAUUCUGUUGUGCGAAGCAUGUGACAUAAUCGUCCGUAUAUAUGUAUACAUAUAUAUAUGGUGCUUGUACGUGCCUGUGCUGCUAGGCUGCUAGCUGUGUGUGUGCGUGUGUAUAAAGUCCAGCGGUGUUUCCAUGUUACUUUCCUGUAUAUAUAUAUAUAUAAAAUGAACAUGAAUCUCUCGCAUAUGCAUACUCUUAAAUUUA